UGUUCUCUAUAGUUGUGAUGGUGAACAGCAGGGUGGAGGCGCCCACCGUGGCCGUGAUGGGGGGGACAGCAAGUCGGUCGUGUGCCGGAUGCGGGGGUCGAAUCGCGGACCGCUUCCUGCUCUUCUCCAUGGAGCAAUACUGGCACACGCGCUGCCUCAAGUGCUCCUGCUGCCAUGCUCAGCUGGGCGAGUACAGCAGCACCUGCUACAGCAAAGGAGGCAUGAUCCUCUGCAGGAACGACUACAUCAGGCUAUUUGGACACAGCGGAGCUUGCAGCGCGUGCGGACAGUCCAUCCCGGCUAGCGAGAUGGUGAUGCGGACACAAGGGAAUGUUUACCACCUGAAGUGUUUCAUUUGUGCAACCUGUCGGAACCGCCUGGUGCCCGGCGAUCGCUUUCAUUACAUCAACGGAACAAUCUUCUGCGAACACGAUCGGCCAGGAGGCGGGCUACUCGGUGGGCACCCAACUCAAAUGCAAGCUAAUGGCAUCAUGUCCGACCAGAAGCUUCACAGGUGCUGGGUGGGGUUUGUUUGCAUCCUGUUCUGUUCUGCCUCGUCGCUGGUCUCGGUGCCGGGGUUCUCUGCUUGGGUGGGUCUGGUCAUGCGUGGGUCCCGUCGGGCAUGUGGUGGACCCGCGGGCACGUGGGGGUGCCGCGUGGGUCAGCCCGCUCUGAGCCGCAUCCCCUCGUACAGGAUACCAGGGAGGUGUUCCCUGAUGUCAUACUGUGCACCCGUCCUGGCCCAGGGGUGGGGUGGGGUUGUGCCGCUGUCCCCUUGGUCUGUGUCUGGCCCUUUCCGUUUCUCCGGGACUGCGGUGGCUGCUGCUGCCCUUCUGUCGGCGGGGUCGUCGGCAGGGCCUCCUGGAGCCCAUAGUCUGCUGAGAAAACAUGAGUGUCUUCGCCAUCAGUCCUUCUUUUCUGCCCCUUCUACACCUUCCUCUUGUAAAGCCAGCUAG